GAAUCAAAUUCUGUCCUUCCACAACUCCAAACCUCUCCCAACGCCUGAGAGCUUCAAAUUGUUGGUAUCAAACAGAACUCUAUAUUCCUUUCAAUCCUUUAUUUUCACUUCACUUUUCCUUUGUUUAUUUACUACUACUCCUCCUCCUCCUACUACUACAGAUGAUUCUUUGCUCUCCUCCCGCGUUCAAAUAAAUUCGGUGUCAUCUUAUAAGUUGAGGUGAAAAAGGAACUCUAAUACACCUUAACAACAGAACCACAAGGUGGCAACCAGGAAGAUGUCUGGUAGGCAGGGCAGAUUACCCUCUGAUCAAGAUAUACAACUUGUGAAAAAUUGUAUAGAAUGGUGCAUCCAGAACUACAUGAACAAAAAGGAAGCGAUAAAUAUUCUCAACAGCCAGCGCAACAUCGAGCCACGCUUUACUGAAACAGUUUGGGAGAGGCUUGAAAGAGAAAAUCAAGAAUUUUUCAAUGCUUAUUAUGUUAAGUUGGUGGUGAAGGAUCAAAUACUGGAAUUCAACAGAUUGCUUACAGAACAGGUGGAGCGGAUGCGUCAAAGUGGCAUAAUUGGGAUUAACCAGCAUGUCACAUCUAAUGGAUCGCAUAUGUUGUUGACACAGCAUAUGCCCAUACCAAGUGCUGCACAAAAUACCAGGCUUCUGAGAACAGAGGAUAUGCAGCAGCCAAAUGUUUUUCACAAUUUUGAAACAUCAACCCCGUCAUGUGCUGAAGGAACCUUUGAUCAGUCUAUUCAUAGUAGAGAGAUUGAUGUUUCACCAAACAUGUUCUUGUCUCGAAACCCAGACAUGGGAUUGGCUCAAACAAUGAAUGGGCAGCUUGUUAGAGCAGAGACUGGUUAUACUGGUAGACCACCUUUCAAUUUCAGCGCACCUAGCAAUUUUCUGGAAUCACAUCCUCUUAUGGGGGAUGCAUCUAUAUCGCUUUUAAGAAGUUUUGAGUCCAAUGAGCAGCUUGUUAGAGCCAAAGCUUGUCAUUCUGGUAGAUCAGCUUGCAGUUUCAGUGUACCGAACAAUUUUCUAGAACCACGUCCUCAGAUGGGUGAUGCCUCUAUGUCAGUUUUCACAAGUGAAGAGUCUAAUCCAAGCAACUUUCUCUUUGACUGGGAUGCUUGCCCUUUGGAACAAGAUCAGCAAAAUAUUGGCCCUCAACUUGCGGCUGAUUUCACUAUUAGUCCUGAUUUAAGGGGCAGUUAUAAUAGGCAGCCAUUCCUGGGAACAGAUGCCAACAACUUUGUGAAUCCACAUGCUUCAGGAGAGCUGCAGAGGUUGGAUCCUCUUGUACCUGAAAGUUUGAGCUAUCCAUCUUCUGGCAGACAAUAUAAAUGAUUGCAGCAGCAGGUGUGAGAAUGGAUGAUGAUCUUGUACAGUUCCAGUGCACUCACUUGCCAUCAAUCAUCAUCAACUUACUUGUGUCUUUGGUUUUGGAUAUUUCUUAGUUGGUUGGUUGGUACAUAUAUAUGUAUUAUGGUUUUGUUGCUUAGCUUCACUUGUAUCUAAAUAGAUAGUAGAAUUACAUUACAUUGCCAGCUACAUGAUGCCUAAUAUUGCUUUUC